AUGCCCCCGCCAACCAUACCCUAUGCGACAUCGACAACAAGCUUUGUCACUAACUCUGAGCAGGCACUUUGUGGUGUAUUGGCGGUCUUUGUGCUCCUCCUCUGCUUCGCUGCGCCAACUUAUAUCAUCAUCUAUCUCCUCAGCCACUUUGACGCAAAGCAUAGCACCACCGCUCAGCGCGGCUGGAUCAUCGCCUCACUCGCAGGUACGAGCGCCUCCUGGAUGGGCGUGAUUACUCUCAAUAAUGUUGUGCAUUUUCUGAACCCGCUGAGAGACGAUGGGACGACGCUCCCGGCAGGGAUAAGUUUGAGAGAGCUGAGAAUUCUUGUGCCGAAUUUGAGGAUCCUAUUGAUACUAAGAUAUGUAUACUUAUCGCUGUUAUUUGUGCCGUCGGUUGGGGCGUUUGUGAUCGUGGGGAAGAUGAUCAUGGAGAGUGAGACUUGUGUGAGGAUAUGA